CCUCCAUCACGGAGAGAGAGGACGGAGCUUUAACGAUUCAUCCAGGCUUUGCUUCAGUUUCUGCACACAAUGCUGAACCCGCAGAGAUCUCUGUCCGAGCUGCCCAAGAUGUCUGCUGCUAGCCAGGUGGAGAGAGCCGUGCUGGAGGAGGAAUUCAACUGGCUGCUUAAAGAAGAAGUACAUUCUGUCCUGAAGCAACUCCAGGAUGUUCUCAAGGAGGCGUCGAGACGUUUCUCCAUGCCGACACCAGGCCUGGAGAGUCAGCUUAAACAGGAAAACUUCAUCCUCGGCAGCUCAACCAUGGAUCAAGUAAAAGGAGUGCUGACUCUGCAGGGAGAGGCUCUGACUCAGGCUGACAUAAACCUGAAGGUUGCAAAGAGCAGCCAAGUGCUGCACUUUCAGUUCAGGGAGGACAAGCAAUGGAAACUACAGCAGAUCCAGGAUGCCAGGAACCAUGUGAACCAGGCUCUCCAGCUGCUCAGCAGCCAUGAUGACAGCUACCACUUCAAGACGGGAGCUGAGGUGAACAAGCUGAUGGAUGCAGUGAUGCUGCAGCUGACACGAGCACGGAACCGCCUCACCACCCCAGCCUCCAUGACUCUGCCUGAGCUGGCUACCAGUGGACUGAUGAAAAUGUUCACUCCUCCCAUGCCCGGAGAUGUGAUGGUGAACUUUUACAUCAAUUUAAGCAAACUGUGUCUGACUGUCUACCAGCUUCAUGUGCUGCCUCCCAACACCACAAAGAAUUUCAAACCAGCUGGAAGCUCAGUGCUGCACAACCCUGGAGCGAUGUUUGAGCUCAACAACAACCGCUUCGAGGUGAGCCACGUUCACAAGGUGGAGUGUGUGGUGCCCUGGCUCAAUGACACGCUGGUCUUCUUCACCAUCUCCCUGCAGCUCUGUCAGCAGCUCAAAGACAAGAUAUCUGUCUUCUCCAGUUUCUGGAACUACAGACCUUUCUAAUCCACCUCCAGAGACCUUCAGACACAAACAAACCACACAAGUGUAAGGGACGUCCUGGGAAUGCUUUUAUUUUUUUUUAAUGUAUUUAUCAUCCAGUCAUACAGUCAAGUGUUUCAUGAUCAGCCGAAGGAGCCAAUCAAAACCCCCCGACAGGUAUCCACGUUUGCCAUUCCCACUUGUGUUAGCUCUGAUGUGUGUGUGUGUGUGUGUGUGUGUGUGUGUGUGUGUGUGUGUGUGUGUGUGUGUGUGUGUGUGUGUGUGUGUGUGUGUGUGUGUGUGUGUGUGUGUGUGUGUGUGUGUGUGUGUGUGUGUGUGUGUGUGUGUGUGUUGCAUCUCACAGCACUGAUUUGAACUUCUCCUUGAAUGAAUGUAACUUUUGUUGAUUUAUUGGGAUUAUUUGUUUGGUUAUGUUCCAGCAUUGUAUUUUUUAUUUGGUUUUUAUACCAAAGUUAUCAACUCAUCUGAACCGUGUUAUGGUGUGAAACACUAAUUUGUGCACUCAGGGUUGGAAAAAGAUGCAGUCCCUAAGAGCUCAAAGUGGGAGAUUUCUUUUUUUUUCCUGUCAGAUUUUUUUAGUUCUCUCAUGAAGUUCUUAAAGUUUUUGCAUUCCCUCUUUAGUCCUCCAUCCUUCCUCAUAGAUUGAACCCACCAAACCUGUUUUCUCAGUCAGCUUCUUACUAUGACGAAUGUAGCUUCAACACUUUUUGGUUAUUUCACUUGACACAUUUUUGUGCCUGUGCCUGUCUCUUUUUCUUCUUUUUUUCUGUCUGUGGUUGGAAGUUGGCACGUCUCGUGCACCACGAUCAGGAUUUGGCAACAUUUGAAAAUAUGAUGACAGCGGAGGGCUUGCCUGCUGAUGCAUAACUUCAACUUUUGACUAUUGCACAUUUACUGUUGAAUAUUUCAUGUUAGAAAGAAAUACUUAGAAAGCAAAGCAUGUUUUCAGGAGCUGUAAUCUGUUCGUUGAUCUUAUAUACACAUAAAUGAGAUGGGUGCUGUCUCAGAUGGGGCUCAGCCAUGUGCAGGUGGAGUCAUAGAUGUGAAGUGGGAGGUGUGAUGCCAGUAGUUUCCCUCAGGUAGGGGGUUCCUAACAGUCCUUCAGUUUUACUAAUAUCAUAUUCAUGCUUAUUAACAGUGGCAGGUCAGUAUAUUUUACGCUAAGUUCUAAAUGGUAUUAAGUAGUUUGAACAGUUCUUAGUGCUGAGUGUUGUACAGUGUAAUGAAUGGAAACAUACAGUUAAUAGAGAGCAUUGUAUGGGAGUGCAAAAAGCUUUAUAAGGGAAUACAAACAUAAAUGUAUAACGAUAUGAAUCCUGUGAGGAGAUGCAGAAGUAGUGUGAAAAUAUUUCCCACUGGGUCUUUAUGGGUUAAAAACAUGUCUGUGAAUGUUUUGAGUUUUUGUUGGAAAUGACAUGGAAACACACAUUCCCUGUUUGUUACUAUAUGGAAAAAUGAUGAUAAAUGAUAAGCUACUAGUUGUGUCUGCUAUAUGUUUAUAUUUAUUUACAUGGCGUUGGUUUUUUAAAGUGUGUCGCUGAUUCCCUGUGAACCAAACCGUUAUCCAAUCAAGAACAAAUGACUUCAUUCCAGUAAGUGUUAAUCUAUUUUGCAGAGCUGCCUAUCAUAUCAAAUGUGGAAAUUAUUUAUCUGAUA